AUGGGAGCCGGUACACGUGUUCCGAGGGUGCAAGAAGAGAUACAAAAGGCUAUUGGAAGUAAAGAGAUUGGACGAUUUUUGAAUACUGAUGAGUCCAUCGCUAUGGGAGCCCUGUAUCAGGCUGCUCACUUGAGCAAGGGUUUCAAGGUCAAGCCGUUCGAUGUGGAAGAACUUGUGAUUUUCCCUGUUCAGGUCAACUUUGUGAGUAAGCAGAAACAGGAGAGUGGAGAUAUCAUAGAGAAGCCCGUAACACGUCACGUGUUCCAGUUUAAAGGAAAAUAUCCGACCACUAAGAAGACGAUUACAUUCACUUCCUACACCGAUGAUUUCUCAUUCGAUCUCAAUUACUCAGGCUUGAAACAUUUCAAUGAAGAUCAAAUUAGGCAAUUCGACUCUCUUGUUUCGCACCUGACUACGGUCUCAGUAGCUGGUCUAGGAAAAGCGCUCGAAGAUAAACUGAAGCCGGAGGAGACGGAGUUCAGUGGUGUUAAGGUUGGUUUCCAAAUGGAUUUGUCAGGAAUUUUGCGGAUUGAGAAAGCUGAAGCAGUUCUCAAACGAAAGAGUCAAGGAGUACUAUCACGAACACGAUCACUGGGUUCUUCUCGUAAGAAACCCGAGGAAGGUGAACCAACGGAGGCUGAAGACAAAAAGGACGAUGAAGGUGUAGAGAGCACGACACCUGAAGAGAAACCUGAAGAGACUGUGGAGAAACCGCCAGCAGCAGAAGAGAAGCCGGUGGAAGAGACCGAAAAGAAAGAGACAGAAGAGCAAAGCAAAGAGGGCAAGGAGCAGAGCAAGGAUGGUAAAGAAGAGCAGACCGAGGAGAAAAAGACCGACGAAUCAGCAGAUAGCGCAGAGAAUAAGACUGAAACUGAUGAGAAAGCUAAGGCGGAUGCAGCAGCGGAAUCGGAGAAGAAGAAUGCCACGGCUGAUGCAGCUGCAGAGGAGAAGAAGAAAGUCCCACAAGUUGUGCGAGUUGCAUUGAAAACUAUGGAGAAAUAUACGACGGCGCAUAUGAUGAGCAAGGAUGACGUUGCAAGUGCUAAGAAGCUCCUGGAAGAGUUCGAGAAACGUGAGCGUCAUGCUCGUGACCGUGCAGCAGCAGAGAAUGAACUGGAGGCUUAUGCUUUCGAAGUGAGCCAACUAGUGGAAGAGGCGGAUUACGUUAAACAUUCAACGGAGGAAGAAAGGAGCAAGCUGCUGGAAGAGUCGAAACGUAUACGAACAUGGUUGGAAGACGAUGUGACACCAGACACGGAUACUGCCAAUUUCACCCGGAAUCAUGCCCUGCUGGUGUCAAUGGUACGACCAAUAAAGAGGAGGAUUGAUGAAGGAAACACUCUCCCAAAAGCGAUUGCUAAUCUGGAGUCGAUGUUGAAUUCAUCGCGUGUAAUGGCUGGUAUGGGUGGUGACGACGAAAAAGCAUUAUUCAACAAGUCUGAUGCCGACGCGUUCUCCAAAAGGUUAGAGAGAUGGACGACAUGGCUGGAAGAAAAGAAGGCAGAACAGGAAAAGAAACAACCAUAUGAGGAACCGGCAGUGAUGACAAGUGAAGUGCAUGCCAAGAUUAAAUCGCUGGAACGCGAAUUAAACUCGUUCAUGAGGAAGAUGAGACAGACUAGAAUCAAAGAUGUAGAAGACCUUAAGAAGAACGAUACCAACAAGACCGAAACGUCUGAUAAACAAGGAGCUGAGGGAGCUGGAACAGCUGAGAAGGAAGCUGCCAAAAGAGAAGAAGGAAAGGCUGAUUCCCAAACAACCGAUCAGCCUGUGAACGAGACAGAGGGUGCGCCACCAGCUGAGAAGGAAGGCGCUGAAGAAGCCCGAGAGGCAAAGAGCGAAGCCGAAACAACCGAGAAGCCAGAUAAGGAUGCGGAAGGAAAGGAUGAUAAGGUGGAACUGUAG